AUGCAUGAUAACGGUGUAUGUUUAGCAAUUAUUCCAAAAGGCUGUACACAAUACAUACAAUUAUUGGACGCACAUGUUUUUUCUGCUUUUAAAAAUCACUAUUACGAUUGUGCCGAGAAACAUCUAGAAUUAAACGGACCUCGUUUGAAACUCAAAUUAUCAUCUUCUCAAAAACGCAUCCUGCGUACCAGAUUAACUGCUGCAGCAUGUUAUCGUACCUUAAAAUCAAUCGAUCUUCAAAAUGCAUUUCGUUCACUUGGAUAUACAUGGGUUGAUAAUUCAAUCAUUCAACCGAAUCAUAUUAGCUGGUACAAAUUUGAUCCAAAUUCAAUCGAAUCAAAUCAAGAAGAAGCUGAUGACCAAAAUCACGAGACAGAAUGA